AUGAGGGAAAAGCGAAACCGCAAGUCGUCCCUGAUGGGCUCUCUACAGAUUCUCAGGAGCAGAUUCGGUGUGCGACACGAACAAUGGGAACUCGAGGACAACAAACACAUACCCGAUGGGAGCAACACCCACAGAGAAGCACGUAGGAGCAAUCCGCUUCCACCCCUCAAUACCAGCGUCUGUCAUUCAUCCCAAAGGCAACCUAUCAUCCAUACCUGCCGCCAAACUUUCAUGCCACUAUCUGGAAAAAACUCAUCGAGAUACAACAAUUUCAACAACGGCCCAAGAGGCCUUGACAUCAGUAGUAGUAGGUUGCAGGAGCAGGAGUCCAACUUGCGGGCCCAGCAUAAAGUCUCGUCUUCCCAAUGUCAGACAAGCCUACGGUACUCUUCGACACAAUUAUUCUCAAGAAUUCCGACACCUGCAAAAUCCCCGGUAGGGGAUCUGUACUCCCAUGAAGUUUAUCGAAAAGAAGGCAGAAGAAGUGUGCUAUCUUCCUUGGGGAGACAAUGUGUGGACGUGGACAAAGACGCGGACACCGUUUACGAAGCGAAUCUGGAUAACGAAGAUGAACGGAAAGAUUUCAUCCGCCGUAAGGAUACACAGAGACUCAGUCCUGAAAGAAACAUGUUCGACACCGAGGCGACUUCAAACCCUAGGCUUCAGAUCCGAACUCACCACCAGAGAACCAGCGAUGGUCAAAGAGCUACAAGAGGAUUAUCCUCAGGGGUAUUUUCUAACAGCAUACAUGCAGCAAAAUAUACACCUGUCCCUUGUGUCAAUGUACUAAGGACCGGCCGCCCACGCAACUUGGCGGCAUCUCCUGAUGCCAGAAGUCGACCGGCCACUCGACUGUUCGAUCCUACAUCAGCACUCAUAUCACGGCUUGAGACAGGAGCACAGAGGAAUAAUUGCAUCAAGAAUGACCACCUCCGUGCCAGUAACCCGAUUUCCGGGUCUGUCAAGGUGCCAUCCUUGAGGAAAGAGCGAGUUGAAUACCACACUGUUCCCAAGGGAGAGUUGCCAACACAACAUCCGUUGUUGGAGGAUUUUCAACCUGCGAACCCAAAAGUGAUGGACGGCACACUCCAAAAAAGUGACAAAAUGGAAUACGUAAAAAAGAGUCUUCGAUGGACGAACGGCCUCGAGAACCUGAAGCUUGAUACCAGAACAAAAACCGAUUCAUUUUCACCAGCUAGCCGUCCUAAGGCCCCGAGCCGAAGUGCUACAAGGUUAAGACCCCUACCAGACACAGGGAAUACACGGCAUAGGGAUCAAAUUGGGAGAAUGGUAUUGUCGAGGAACCACCCCAAUGGAUUCCGUUCGAAGUUGAAGAAGCCAGGGCUAACAAUCCAUGCCGACUGGGUUUCGCAGGUCAGUGAAUCUCAGCCUCAACAGUACUGGCUCGGUAGAUUCGUCACCCUCGUCAAUGCUUUCCACUAUGAAGACUCCUUCCAUGAGCCGGACAUAGCAACGGGAUUCGGCAUGUUGUCAAGUUAUUCUCGCCCGUUGGGGCAUCCGGAUUCAAACGAGGCGGGUUACCGGAUCAAACGAGCCUUCAUGGUUCUCGAAAAUGUUUGUAUGAAUGAUGAAGCGAGCGCGAGUCUACGGAAGUUCCGAUACGAUUACAUUAACAAAUUUGGUGAUAGAUGGAUGGUAUGAUGCUCUAUUGUUGGCACACCGAAAGAACGGUGGUCGCAGGUAUUGACUUGGAUCGCC